UAGUUUAUUUUUCUUCCUCGGCUCUAGCGAUCAGCGAACAAGAAAAAAGGCUAGCGAUCCAUGCGGUGCGGGAGGAGGGUCGAACGACUCGGGAGAUGGAUCGUGCCCCUAGCGAACCAUUCGGAUCUGUAGGUGGAAACCAGAUCGUUGGGAAUUUAGCUUCUACCAUUACUCAAACUCAAAGUAAGAUCAUAACACUAAUACUAGGUGAUAGCAGAAGAAAGCAGGGCCAAAAUGGCCACCACAAGCGCGGAGCUUCUGCAAGCUGAGGCAGAGCUUGUGCGCCACUCCUUAGGCUACCUCAAGUCCAUGGCGUUGCACAGCGCUGUAAAGCUCGGAAUCCCCGACGCUCUCCACCGCUGCGGCGGCGCGGCGUCUUUGCCCGACCUGCUAUCCACCCUUGCCCUCCCCUGUAGCAAACGGCCAUACCUGUCCCGGCUCAUGAAGAUGCUAGCCGUGGAAGGAAUCUUCACGGCUGUGGCUGUGGAUGUGGAUGCUCCUGCCGCCGGCGAGGGCGAGGGCGCCGCCACUGCGCCUAGCGUCCGGUACGGCCUCAACCCGGUGUCUCGCCUUCUCGUCAGCGGCAGUGGCGGCGCGUGCCUGUCCCCGUGCGUGCUCAUGGGCACCUCGCCGUUGUUUCUGGAGGCCUCUCUCCGGCUGCCCCAGUGGUUCCAGAGGGACGGCGAGGGCGAGCCGGCGUCGGCGUUCGCGAUGGCGCACGGCGAGAGCCCCUACGGCGCCGCUGGCCGUGACAUGGAGUUCAACGCGCUAAUAAACGAGGCGAUGGGGUCCGACAGCCGAUACAUGGCGGAGCUCGUCGUCCGCGAAUGCGGCGAGGUGUUCACGGGCAUAACAUCGCUGGUCGACGUCGGCGGCGGGAACGGCACCAUGGCGACGGCCAUCGCCAGGGCGUUCCCGCAUGUCAGGUGUUCGGUGCUGGACCUCCCGCAUGUUGUACAGGGCGUCUCAGCAAAUGAGUCGGUUGAGUUUGCUGCCGGCGACAUGAUGGAAUACGUUCCACCAGCUGAUGCAGUUCUGCUUAAGUGUGUGCUACACAACUGGAGCGACGAGGAUUGUGUGAAGAUCCUGACAAAAUGCAGAGAGGCCAUUGCCCAAGGAGCGAAAGCAGGGAAGGUGAUAAUCAUCGAUGCUGUUGUUGGAUCUCCCUCACACUCACAGCAAGUACUUGAAGCUCAAGUCUUGAUGGACAUGCAAAUGAUGAUGUUGUUCAUGAGCAAAGAACGCGAGGAACUCAACUGGCAAAAGAUAUUCAUGGAAGCAGGAUUUAGUCAUUACAAAAUACAGCCUUUCCUAGGAAUGCGAUCCAUCAUCCAACUCUACCCAUAGCUUAUCCAUGGAUAGCCCUUUUUCCUCAUAUUGCGCUAUCCAUUUUAUACUUUCCGCUCCCACGGGAUACUUAAUAAUUGUUAAAUUUAUGUAUUUAUUCAUUCAAAAGAUCCAAAUUCGACAGGGAUAUGUAAUAAUUAUUAAAUUUUAUGUACUUCAUUCAAAAAUCCGAAUUCGACACGGAUGUGUAAUAGUUAUUAAAUUUAUGUACUUCAUUCAAAAGA